GCCCCGGGUUGGGCCGCUGGCCGCGCCAGCACGUACUGCCGGGGCCUAGGGAAACAGGCGUGUUGGAAGUUACAGGGAAGCAAGGCCUUUGUGAGAACGGUGGUACCGAGGCACACGUGUGUGACAGUGUGCAAGAGAGCAGGUUUCGAGACACGGCGCCCAUUGGACGGUCUGCCAGGAAAUUACACCUGUCUCAAACCAAAUCAUCCUGAAGGGAAAGUGCUGGAGACAGUCGGUGUGUUUGAAGUGCCAAAACAGCAGGGCAAAUACGAGACUGGCCAGCUAUUUCUCCACAGCAUAUUUGGAUACCGUGGUAUCGUCUUGUUUCCUUGGCAAGCCCGGCUGUAUGACCGAGAUGUUGUUUCUUCCGUAACUGAAAAGGGCGAGAACGCGGCAGGCCAUGGCUCCAAAGAAGUCAAAGGCAAGACACACACGUACUACCAGGUGCUGAUAGACGCCCGGGACUGCCCGCACAUAUCCCAGCGGUCGCAGACGGAAGCGGUGACUUUCCUGGCAAACCACGACGACAGCCGAGCUCUCUAUGCAAUCCCAGGACUGGACUACGUCAGCCACGAGGACAUCCUGCCGUACACGUCCACCGACCAGGUGCCCAUCCAGCACGAGCUGUUUGAACGGUUCCUCAUGUACGAUCAGGCCAAAGUCCCACCCUUCGUGGCGAGGGACACGCUGUGUGCCUGGCAGGAGAAGAACCACCCGUGGCUGGAGCUCUCGGACGUGCACCGGGAGACCACGGAGAACAUCCGGGUCACGGUCAUUCCCUUCUACAUGGGCAUGAGGGAAGCCCAGAAUUCCCACGUCUACUGGUGGCGCUACUGCAUCCGCCUGGAGAACCUGAACAACGAAGUCGUGCAGCUCCGGGAGCGGCACUGGCGGAUCUUCAGCCUCUCCGGCACCCUGGAGACCGUCCGCGGCCGGGGGGUGGUGGGGCGUGAGCCAGUCCUCUCCAAAGAACAGCCCGCCUUCCAGUACAGUAGCCACGUCUCCUUGCAGGCUUCCAGCGGUCACAUGUGGGGCACCUUCCGCUUCGAGCGGCCCGACGGCUCCCACUUCGACGUCCGAAUCCCCCCGUUCUCCCUGGAAAGCAAUAAGGACGAGAAGACGCCCCCCUCCGGCCUCCACUGGUAGAGCGCGCGGCCCUCCGGAAGCAGCCGCCCCGGACUCCUGCGCGGCCGCCGUGCUGCUCCAGCGCCCGUGCCUUCCUUCCGCGAGGGCCGGAGCGGCUUCUGGUUUUCAGACCCCCUUGAGCCACCUCUCCCAACAGCUGCUGAGAGACGGGGACUCGCCUGGGACUCCCGGCAGCCCGAUCUGUGGCUGCCGGGCACUGUGAACCCCCCCCCGCCUCCGUUCCCAGGUCUGCGUGCCUCGAAGAAUGCCACCGCCAGAACCUGCAGGCGUUGCCGCCCGGCUCCAGCAGACCCGCUUUUGACUUGCGAAGGUGGGAUGUGCCCGUGUGUCGAAUAAACAGCCCCCCUCCCGCA